AUGAAGGCAAAGUAUAUCCCCCCUUUGGUUCUUGCCAGUCUGCACACUGCCACUGCCGAGUACCAGGACCCUGCGCUUCAGCAUACUGUUAUUGUUACUGUGACGGGUACCUCUUGCGAGCUACAAUCUGACUCCUCGAGCUAUCCAGUGGUCAAUGUUGGAGGUCAGGCCUCGUACGCUCCAGCAACUACGGUUACUUGGAUUCCUCCAGUCUACACAUCGCAAGCUGAACACUCACCUACAUCUGAUGUUUCGCCAGGACCGGUCAUGCCUACACAAAAUCAGCCCCCUGCUGUGGCUGAGACUGCUUCACCAAAUAUACAGGCACCCCCUGCUACAGGUUCUGCAGAGCCUGCGCCUGCUGCCCCAUCAACCAGCACUGCGCCUGCCAACACUGUGCCGGCCAACACUGCACCAGCCAACACUGCACCAGCCAACACUGUACCUGCCAAUAAUGCACCUGCCAAUACUGCACCUGCCAACACAAUUGCAUUCAGCACUUCCUCAGUUGAUACAGCGCCAGUACAAACACUCAGUGCUACGGAUGCUUCAAGUAACCAGCCAAUGGUUACAUUCAACCCAGGUGUUCCUUCGGCAGUUGAUCCUGAUUCUACUGUCACUGUUUGGUCCACUGCACCCACCCCUGAAAUCUGGGUCACCGUGUACGAGAAUUCGAGCUCCACAACAACUCAGUGGACAACGUAUACGCGAACGUUCACUGAACUGAACUCCACGUACACUCAGACCUUUACUACACCUGCUACUGAUGCGCCAACUACCAACUGGAACAUGUCCUCGACUAGUGUAGCUUCAUCAGCCAGAACUGGUACUAAUACUACUGUUAUGCCAACACAGAGUGCUACACAGAAUGCGACCUUCAGCACAGGAUCAGGCAGAUCAUACUCCAACAGUACUGUGACAAGCCUAUCAAGUCACAACACUAGUUCGAUUAGCGUGGUUUCGAGUGCUUAUAGCAGUAUCGGAAGUUUGUCCAGUCCAAUGGUGAAUUCGAGCUCCACGUUGUCGCUUCUUCCGACAGUCAGCCCAAUGAGCUUGAACUCGGCAGCUACUUCUGCUAGCUGGAACAGCUCGGUCAGCUCAACAGCCAGUGCAGCCAGCGCAGCCAGCGCAGUCAGCUCGGUAGCUAGUGCAUCCAGCCCGGCAGUCAGCCCAGCAGCCAGCUCAUCGGCCAGUUCGGCGAUCAGUUCGGCGAUCAGUUCGGCAGCUGGUUCAGUCAGUCCUGUUGCAAGCUCAGCCAGCCCGGCAGUCAGCUCAUCAACCAGUUCGGCAACCAGCUCAGCCAGCUCAGCAGCCAGCUCAUCUCUCAGCUCGGCAGUCAGCUCAUCUCUCAGCUCGGCAGUCAGCUCAUCUCUCAGCUCGGCAGCCAGUCCAGCCAGCUCAGCAGCCAGCUCGUCAGCCAUUACGGUUGCGACCUCAACUGCCAGCUCGUCAGUUAGUCCGGCCAGCUCAGCCAGCCCAGCCACGUCUAGUCUGCCGAGUACUUCAAGCACAACCCUGAGUGUACUCGAAGAGGCUAUUCGACCCAAAACCACAAGCUCUUCCAUCGCGAUUACGACUACCACGGUAGUCACUUCCACGAUCGUCGAGACCACAUCCAUCCCACUCUCGUCAGUUUACUCCGCGCCGGCCGCACAAGCAGUAAGCACCGCACUUCUUAAUUAA